AGAGCCAGCCAGGGCCGCAGCGGCAGCCCCGCAGCUGGCUCCCUCCCUCGCCCCGCACCGCCUAACUGCGGGGAUCCCCGCUGUCCCGGGGCCUCUUUGCCGUUUCCCUAGGAGCCCCAGAGCCCCGGGGGCGGAGCGCGCCGCCAUCGCUGCGCCGCAGACACCCCGCGGUGACGAGGGACAAAGGCCGGGAACGGACCUGGCUCCGGGCGCCCUUCGCUCUCCCGCAGCCGGGCGGCCGCUACAUGCUGGCCGUGAUUUCGAGUGCGUCUGUCUCAUCGAGAGCGCCCUGGGCGUGUGAGGAUCGCGAUUUUGGGGCUCAGGCUCCCCAAAUUCCCCUUUGGGAAGCUAGACAGGGUGCGAGAACUGCUGCAAGCCUCAGCUGUCGCGCUCACGCGUGGGCUGCUGGACCCUCGCUGAGGGAUUUAAGGUGUAUAUGUCGAAGGAUUUAAUAUAGAGGGCCUCGAAAGAGCCCUGUGUUGCCAUUUUUCGCCACUACCCCCUGGCUGGGGAGCGGGUGAUCGCUGCGCCUGCCGCCUGCCUCGGGCGCGCCCGCUGCUGCCCCGCCUCCCGCACGGCGGACGCUACCCGGAUUUCCCCCGCCCCCCUUCCUCGUCCGCUGCGCCGCUUUAAUCUCUUGCAGAUUAGCAGAUUAGGCGCAUCGAGCCUCCCGCCGCGGCAGCCCGCCCGCCCGCCCGCGGCGCUCCGCCGGCCGCCGCCGCCGCCAACCAGCGAGCCGCCCCGGGGCGGCGCCGCCGCGCUCUUAGGGCCUGCGCGGCGCCGCCGUCGCCGCGGCGGAGGCGGCAGUGGGAGCAGCAGGAGCCGCCAUGGAGGUGCAGGUGGCGCCGCUGCGGGCCUGGGACGACUUCUUCCCCGGCUCCGACCGCUUCGCGCGGCCCGACUUCAAGGACAUCUCCAAGUGGAACAACAGGGUGGUCAGCAACCUCCUCUACUACCAGACCAACUACCUGAUGGUGGCCGCCACCGUCGUCUCCAUCGUGGGAUUUCUGAGUCCCCUGAACAUGCUUAUUGGUGGUACUGUGGUGGUGCUGGUGUUCAUGGGGUUUGUGUGGGUGUCGCACAACAAGGAUAUACUCCGCAAGCUGAAGAAGCAGUACCCAACUACAUUUGUAGUGACCAUUAUGCUGUCUAGCUACUUCUUGAUUUCCUACCUGGGAGACGUCAUGGUGUUCAUGUUUGGGAUCACGCUUCCUCUGCUCUUGAUGUUCGUCCAUGCUUCUCUGAGGCUCCGGAACAUAAAGAACAAACUGGAGAACAAAAUGGAAGGAAUUGGUUUGAAGAAGACCCCUAUGGGCAUCAUACUGGAUGCUCUAGACCAGCAGGAGGAGAGUAUCAACAAACUGGCUGACUACAUAUCUAAAGUGAAGGAAUAAACAACUAUAACACAGCAUUUUUACCUGUUGCAGGAGUGUAGUUGCUAUUUACUAUUGUUCAAGCUUGCUUUCAGUUGGUGUACAAAGCAGGAAAUGCACAUGUGGCACAGAUUAAUACUUGCAGGAUACAGGUAUUCCAAGGUAUUCAGGGCUCCCCUAAGAAUAUAAGGAGAGUAACUUUUCUAUUGUAUUGUAAAAUGUUCUGGUGUUUACACGAAUACAUACUAACUUAAACCUAUUUGCUUGUCUCUUCUUGCUGGCGGGGGAGGGGGCAAGAGAUGGAAGCCCUGUGGAAUGCAGUCUUUCCAACUGUCUUUGUAGCAGAUUUGUCUGUUAAUAAGAGUAACACCCCUUUUGUCUCAGUGCUCCACGAUGGCAAUUCAGCCAAUUUAUUAUACCAUGCAGCACCUUUAAGCUGGCAAACUUCAAGGGGAGCUGGAAUGUAUCAAAAGUAGGCAUCUCUUGCAUCCCUAAAACCCCUAAUUAAAGUGGUCUGUAGUGAGAUCAUGUCCUUAGCUCAAGUGGCAGACAGUGAAACUGCAACUCUCUUCUUGCAAUGAGUAUGGGUUCUUGUUCUCACCUCACAUUCUUCCUUUAGCAGUCUGAAAUGGUCUAAAUAGAUUUAAGCAUGUAGAAUAUACAUGGUACCAUGCAUCUAUUGGUUCCAGUAAAGCGCACCUUUUUCUCUGAAAUCUUGAUUCUGUUGAGAUCUGCAAAAACAGCUCUUCUUCACAGAAGAGCCAGAACUUCCUCACAUAAUACCUAAACUGCAGCUAAAAACAAGGAGAAAGAGUAUUUGCAGAUUAAACUAGACUAGCUAGGAUUCUACCCUAUUGGUGUUUUUAAACACUGCUACUUUAGGACUUACCUUGUUCUGCUUUAGUCUUACAAGGCUGUUUUGUAGAUGAAGGUGUAUGUGUGUGGUGAUUUGUGUGUGGGUCUCUUUCUUUUUUUCUUAUUAACCAGAACGCAAAGACACAAGCUAAAACAUGCAUCUCGCCAACUCUGUUCUUCUGGCACUCUUCAAAGGAAUGAACUGGAUUUCAGGUUUACAAGUAAAAGCAAUAAAUGUCAAGAUACAGUUUUGGAAACCCAUUCCAAAUUCAUUAAGAUCUGUCUGCCUGCAACAACUCUUGCAAGUGGUAUGGGGGAUUUUUUUUUUCUUUUUAUAUAUAUUUUUAACUGCCAGCUUUGAUGGAAUUCUGUCUUGAUAAUAGGUACCAAAAAUAAGGGGGAAAAAUUUCCAGGUGACACUCCAUUUCAAAUAUUCUUGCAUUUCUCUUUUCUAACAAAGGAACUAGUUUAAUUAACGAUAAAGCAAAUAUCCUUAAAGUUGAAGUUUUUAUGUGACUUACCCAUGUCAUUUUCAUAGUGGAUUAUGUAGAAAUCUGAAAAUGUCAUUCCAUUUAAGUGUUAUAAAGUGAUCAGUAUUUAUUGAAAAUGUCUGUGUAUAUUCCAGCUAAAGAUUCAGUGGCCUAUUCCUCACUUGUAGCGCAUGGUCUUUGUUUUAUGAAAACUGUUACCACACUUAAAGAAGGUAGUAGCCUAUAACUCAGUCAUACUAUUGAAUUUUAAAAACUGCACAUUUGUGAAGAAAAAUAAACUCGAAUGGUGAUUA